AUGAACGUAUUUCGAAAGUCACUGGAACAAGACAGAAACGUUCAUGCCACAAUCUAUGUGGGAAAUCUAGAUACUCAGGUCACUGAAGCACUCUUGUAUGAACUUUUCAUCCAGGUUGGCCCUGUGAGGCUGCUCUAUCUUCCAAAAGACCGAGUUCUACGAACACAUCAAGGAUUCGGGUUUGUCGAAUUUCGAGGCAUAGAAGAUGCAGACUUUGCUCUCAACCUACUUCGAGGAGUUAGACUUUAUGGUCGGACGCUCAAGAUGAAGAAAACCGAUCCUCAGAGUAACAGCUCGAAUUCACCAGAGUUCAAACAUACAGCUGGGGUUGGUGCGAGGUUGUUCAUCAAGAAUUUGCAUCAACUAGUGGACGAGAAAUAUUUGCAAAAUACAUUUUCAGCCAUUGGGAAUCUCAUCAACCAACCAAUAAUCAUCAGAGAUGAGAAAGGACAUUCAAAGGGGUAUGGCUUCAUUGAGUUUGGUGAUUUUGAAAGCAGCGAUAAAGCCAUCGAACGAUUGAAUGGCGCUAUUUUUAUGAACAACAGAAUUACAUUGAGCUACGCAUACAAGGAAGGCCAGGAAGGAAAGAAGAUACAACAUGGUGAUCACGCUGAAAGAACUCUUGCUAAACAAGGAAACAAACAUUUGAAAAAAGAACCAGCGACACGAGAAACGAGGUCUUCGCGCAACAGAUAA